AUGGAGAGCUAUGAAGUUCAUGAAGAUGUAGAGCAAAAUGGAUAUCACCAUUGGACUCAGAACCCAUCGGUAUGGUUUGUAACUCGAUUCAUUGAUCUGGAUGGCUUGUCAUGCAUUCUGAACUUCCUGAAGAGCAUGGACUAUGAGACUUCAGAAUCUCGAAUCCAUACCUCUCUCAUUGGGUGCAUCAAAGCCCUGAUGAACAACUCUCUUGGGAGAGCCCAUGUCCUGGCCCACUCAGAGAGUAUUAAUGUAAUUGCUCAGAGUCUGAGCACUGAAAACAUUAAGACUAAGGUGGCGGUGCUGGAAAUCAUGGGCGCUGUGUGCCUGGUUCCUGGGGGUCACAAAAAGGUACUAGAGGCCAUGGUGCACUACCAAAAAUAUGCCAGUGAACGGACUCGCUUUCAGACAUUAAUAAAUGAUUUGGAUAGAAGUACGGGACGAUACCAAGAUGAAGUAAGCCUCAAGACCGCCAUUAUGUCUUUUAUCAAUGCUGUUCUAAGCCAAGGAGCUGGAGUGGAAAGUCUGGACUUCAGACUCCAUCUUAGAUAUGAAUUUCUCAUGCUUGGAAUUCAGCCUGUAAUUGAUAAGUUAAGAGAACAUGAAAAUUCCACAUUAGAUAGGUAAG